UUAUCUUGUGUUGUCGUGCUUACCAAUGUACCUAGAAUUUUUUGCGCAGCUUACUUCGACAGUUUGGCCACAAUGACUCCACGGACAAGAGUUCAUCAACUCCUUUCCAUAUAUAGUAACCUGGUCACACAGAUGAUUAAACAAGGGUCUGAAUAAUCUGAUUUAAUUCGCAACAAUGGCAUGCACUAACAUGUCUAGUUCAAGAUCAUAUAUGAAGGGCCGCAAGAUUUAUCGUGCAUUCCCUCAAAAUGAUGUUUGUUUUCAUGUUAGGAUGCUGAGAUUGAACAACAGAUGUUCCUCUAAUGCCUUUAAGUUACAUCGGUCAGGAUCAAGUGUGACCAAGUGUCUUUCGGGGACUAGUGAAGAAGCUAAUGUGGCUGAUGAUCAUUUCAAGUCUAAUGAAAUGGACGAGGAAGAAAGAAAGAGAGGCGUAUAUAAGGGAGCAGAUUGGGUGGAAAGGAUCAUGCAGAUUCGAACUAAUUGGUUAACAAAGAAACAGAUAAAUGAGAUUGGCAGUGAUAGCUUUGCUUGUGAAGAUUGUGAUCAAGACACAGAGGAAUGUGAAGUGGAGGAAACAAACCGCGAGACCUUCUCCAAGUUGUUAAAAAAGGUUUCUUGGUCUGACACCAAGCUUCUUUCUCAGUCAGCUUUCUUGUGCAACAUGGGCUACGCAAUUACAGAGAUGAAGGCUAUGGAUUUGAGAAGAUAUUUUGGCUUAGAGUUUGUAACAUCAUCCUUAGAGAAGAAGGCAGAAGCUGCUGCUACCAAAGCCACACUUGAUCAGGACUCUAACUGGCCUCCGGUAGAUGCCUCACCAGCUACUGAGAUAGCAUCAGGGGAAUCUAGUGAUUCAGACAAAAAUUGUCUCAACAAUCAUCCAUCUGUUGCUUAUGAAAUUGGUAAAUCAGCAGCUUCUUAUGUCCAUUCCUGUGCAGAAGAUCUGUCACUUCAGGGUUCUGAGAAACAAGACGAGGACAACAGGAUGACUUUUGAAAUUGAUGAAAGCAAAUUGCCACAUGAAGAAGAGGGAUCUGCACCACGAGUGUACAAGACAGAAGUACUAGCUGUCUACGAAGCAGCAUCAACAAUGACAGCAGUUUUUGAAGAGGGGGAGAAAAAGAAGGAAGCAGCAAUUGCUCAUCAGUCAAUUCUUUCUUUACCUGUUGAAUGGUUUGUCUGUGAUGACCCGAGCACGUACACCCGUUGCAUCAUUAUUCAGGGGUCAGAUUCACUAGCAUCAUGGCAGUCAAAUCUUCUCUUUGAACCGACCAAAUUUGAGGGAACAGAUGCGCUUGUUCAUAGAGGAACUUAUGAAGCUGCCAAGAAAAUAUUACAGCAAUUAGAGCCAAUUAUAAUGGAGCAUCAGGACAAGUAUGGAGAACAAGCAAAAUUUUGUUUCAGUGGCCAUUGUUUUGGGGGUAGUAUCUCCCUGUUGGUCAACUUGAUGUUACUUACUAGAAAAGUUGUCAAGCCAUCUGCUCUUAGGCCAGUUGUUACAUUUGGAUCACCAUUUGUAUUUUGCGGUGGACACAAGAUCCUUGACGUGUUGGGAUUAAAUGAGGACGACAUCCAUUGUGUGAUCAUGCACAGAGAUAUUGUACCACGAGCAUUCUCUUGCAACUAUCCGGAUCAUGUUGCUGAAUUGCUCAAACGAUUGCAUGAAACCUUUAGAUCCCAUCCUUGUCUCAUUAAUAAUAAAGUUCUGUAUACCCCGAUGGGUAAGGUAUUUAUUCUACAACCUGAUGAAAAUUUGUCCCCUUGUCACCCGUUGCUUCCUUCUGGGAUUGCACUCUAUGCCUUGGAGAAUCCACAAUGUUGUUCAAGCAAGAAUGCCCUGAUGGCCUUUCUCAAUUCACCGCAUCCUCUGGAAACAUUGAGCAAUUUUACAGCAUAUGGAUCCAGAGGAACAAUUGUGAGAGACCAUGACUCAAGCAACUAUCUCAAGGCAAUCAAUGGGGUCUUACGAAAGAAUAUGAAAGCAGUGGUCCGAACAGCUAGAAGACAGAGGAACCUUUUAUGGCCCAUACUGAGUUGGCAGUCUCCACAUGCAUGGGGGUCAUGCCCGGAAGAUAAGUAACAAAGAACUAGUAUUCAAGGAUUUGAAGGAUCAAGUCCCCUGCACCUGUUGAUACUGUUUGCGAGCUCUCUGGUCUCUGUUAUUUUUAGAGUAAAAUUUCAAAGCAAAAUGCUUCAUGCACAGAAUUGAGAUCCCGAAAUAAUUUUUUAAAAAUCCGGUGAAUACACUUGUAUUUCAUGAAUGA